AUGGCUAGGAGCAAGCAGCCCGCGCGGGAGAGCGCAGGCGGCAAACUGCUCUUAGUUGAAGGUUGCCGCCUGCGCAAACCGGUGCCCCCCGACCUCAUCUUGAAAUUGCAGCUAGAUGACCAUUGGGAACAACUCAACCAGAUCCGCGACUUACGAAACGCGACUCGGCUUGUCAUGAGGGUUCUCGCCAUGAAGAGCGCGGAGGCGAAGGAACGCCCUUCAUGCGGGGAGUAG